AAGGAAGGAGCCCACGAGUACCUUCAGGCUCAACUCAAGAAGAGUACUAUAAACGUUGACUAGUAGCUCUGUAAUUUAGCAAAUUAAACGAUACAUUGUUAGCAUUUAAUCCAACGUGUACGAUCAAGGAUUGAGAUUUAGUACAGUAGCUAACGUAAGCAAUCCCGGCUCGUGUCGUUUGUCGUGCUUGCAUGUUAGCUAGCUAGCCAAUUCUGCUAUACUUGCUAGUGCCAAACAAUAAACCAGAUAGUUAAUGUUAUCCAGGUAAAUGUGUUUUUUUUCUAACAGUUAACAAACUAUUAUCCAGGACUCCUGUAUAUGAUCAAAUAUGUCCGAAGCACAAGACUUGAGAAAGCGCAGUAAGAAACGCUAUGGCGGCGGACACCGGAGUAAGAAGUACAAGGGUUCCCGGGAGCUCGAGGUGGGCAUGCAAGGUGUCCUCAUCACCUGCAAUAUGAACGAGAGGAAAUGCACCGCGGAAGCCUUCAACCUGCUGAACGAAUACGCCGACCAACUCUACGGACCUGAGAAUUUUAAGGAACCCGAGGAGAGCAGUAGUGAGGAAGAGGAGGAUGAAGAUGUGGAGGCGGCUCUGAAGAAGGAGGUGAAGCAGCUCAAAGCGUCGUCAGGGAAACGGCAGCGGCGCUUCCAGGCCAUGGACAGCGGGGCCAACAACGUCAUCUUCAUCAAGACCAGGAACCUCGACCCUGAGAAGCUGGUGCAUCACAUCCUGUCAGACCUCCACAUCACCAAAAAGAACAAGUCACGAGUCAUCCUCAGAAUGCUGCCGGUGAGUGGAACGUGCAAGGCGUUCCAGGAAGACAUGGAUAAGUACCUGAGUGUGUUCUUAGAGCCGUGGUUUAAAGCCCCCAACCAGGGCAGCUACCAGAUCGCCUUCAAGGCCCGGAACAGUUCCCACAACAAGAGGGAUGACAUCAUCAAGGCCCUGGCAGGCCUGGUGGGGAAGAUGAAUCCUAAAAACAAGGUUGACCUGACCACCCCUGAGCUCACCAUCAUCGUCGAGGUCAUCAAGAGUGUGUGCUGUGUCAGCGUCGUCAGGGACUACACUCUAUACAGGAAGUACAACCUGCAGGAGGUUGCCAAGGAGGAGGGGCCUAAAGAUGGGAAACAGGAAGAGGUCACCACAAACCAGGAAGAGAUCAAGUCGAACCAGGAAGAGAAGGAUGGGAAACAGGAAGAGAUCAAGUCGAACCAGGAAGAGAAGGAUGGGAAACAGGAAGAGAUCAAGUCGAACCAGGAAGAGAAGGAUGGGAAACAGGAAGAGAUCAAGUCGAACCAGGAAGAGAAGGAUGGGAAACAGGAAGAGGGAAAGGAUGCCCCAAAAACAGAGAGGGAAGGAAAGGGGGAGGAAGAGAAGUAGAUCCCUGUACCAGGAGGGAGAGAAGAAGAGGGAGGGGAAUGAGGGAGGAAGAGAAGUAGAUCCCUGUACCAGGAGGGAGAGAAGAAGAAGGAGGGGAAUGAGGGAGGAAGAGAAGUAGAUCCCUGUACCAGGAGGGAGAGAAGAAGAAGAUGGAGGGGAAUGAGGGAGGAAGAGAAGUAGAUCCCUGUACCAGGAGGGAGAGAAGAAGAAGGAGGGGAAUGAGGGAGGAAGUUAAAUGGGACUGAUAAACAACUCAAAGGCAUCUCACAGUGCAGGUGAUGCAGUCAAUGUGUUUUUAGCUAGCUUUACUGUAGAACAGGUCCUAUUCCUUUUGUCCAUUCCAAAUGGAACCCUAAUCCCUAUAUAGUGCACUAUUUCUGACCUGAGGCCUAUGGGUCCCUUGUCAGAAUGAGUGCACUAUGUAGGGAAUAGGGUACCAUAGGACCUGGUCUAAUGUGCACUAUGUAGGGAAUAGGGUACCCUGUUCCCUACAUUGUGCACUACAUUAGACCAGGUCCUAUGGUACCCAACCCUGACUACGACAAAAUCCCUUUGGUCCUCCAUUUUGUAUCGUCUCCAACAUGUCCUCCUCAUCGCUGACAGUCCAUUGGUCCCCUCUCCAUCACCGAGCUCUCACUGAAAGCUGACAGUCCAUUGGUCCCCUCUCCAUCACUGAGCUCUCACUGAAAGCUGACAGUCCAUUGGUCCCCUCUCCAUCACUGAGCUCUCACUGAAAGCUGACAGUCCAUUGGUCCCCUCUCCAUCACCGAGCUCUCACUGAAAGCUGACAGUCCAUUGGUCCCCUCUCCAUCACUGAGCUCUCACUGAAAGCUGACAGUCCAUUGGUCCCCUCUCCAUCACUGAGCUCUCACUGAAAGCUGACAGUCCAUUGGUCCCCUCUCCAUCACUGAGCUCUCACUGAAAGCUGACAGUCCAUUGGUCCCCUCUCCAUCACCGAGCUCUCACUGAAAGCUGACAGUCCAUUGGUCCCCUCUCCAUCACCGAGCUCUCACUGAAAGCUGACAGUCCAUUGGUCUAUCUCCAUCACUGAGCUCUCACUGAAAGCUGACAGUCCAUUGGUCCCCUCUCCA